UUUACACUUUUGAACUUCCGAAUGUUGUCUUCCCAGUCUUGGCUUUCUCUGCGCCAAAACCUGAUGAUACAUACAAACCUUUUAUAACCUUGAUAAGAGCUUGGCCCAAUGGGAAUGGGGCGACGGGAAUACAGUCCCGGCGCGAGCCCCCUGCGGUCGCCGUUAUUACUGGACCCGUUCGCGAAUGCGUCUCUGGCAGCAUCAGCCGCAGAUAGAGAGAGUCGAGGAUGCGCGCGCCUGGCAAAGGACUUCUUACAUCAACUCGCCCUGGCGGGUCCGCUGGGGGUCAACCUGGUGGCUGCAAACUCGGCUGCGAUCAUUAAUCUGCUGUUCGUGGCGCGCGGCGGGACUGUACAACUCGCAGCUGCUGCUAUUGGCAACAAUGUGGCGGUCAUGCUGGGCCGCCUAGUGCUUCUGGGCCUGUGCGGGGCGCUUGACACGCUAGCCGCGCAGGCUUGGGGCGCAGGCAAGGAGGGCCGACUGCCGCUGCUUCUGCAGCGCACGGUCCUCUUCCUGUGGAUGCAUUGCGCCGCCAUCAGUGCGGCCAUGCUGGCGCUGCCCAGCGGUCUGGCGGCUCUGGGUCAGGACGCGGAGCUGAGCAGCAUGGUGCGCACCUACAUCCUGGCGCUGCUGCCGUCCGUGUGGCUGGAGGCAGUCACCAGACCCAUCACUCGUGUACUCGUGGCGCGCGGCAUAGCCAGCCCGCAGAUGUACAUUGCGCUGGUGGGCCUCCCGCUCAAUAUUGCCACCAACUACGCACUGGUGGUUGCGGCCCGCUGGGAGUAUGUGGGCGCGGCUGCCGCUACGUCCGCGUCUGCAGGGUACGACCUGCUGUUGCUGCUGGGGUAUGUGAUGUUCUCCGGCCAGUGGAGCGGCGUCAUUGGGACGCCCACGCGCAGGGCAUUCAAGGGCUGGCGGCAGCUGGUGCGGCUGGCCUACCCCGCCGCCAGCAUGAAGUGCGCCGAGAGCUGGGCCUUCACCAUUAUGACCCUGGCCGCCUCGCUACUGCCCAGCGGCUGUACCGCAACGGCGGCAGUGGGCGUUUCGUACAACGUGUACGGCGUGCUGUUCAUCGCCUUCGUGGCGUGCAGCACCGCCGCCUGCGUGACUGUGGGCAACCGGCUGGGCGCAGGUGACGCGACGGGAGCCAAGUUUGCUGCAGCCGCCUCGUUGCUGAUUGUACCCCUGGCCUGGGGCGCCGCUGCGGUGGCACUACUGCUGCCCGCGUGUCAGACUUUCAUCAUCAACAUGUUUGUCACCAGCGGGGGUCCCGCUGUGGGCGGCGGCAGUGACGUGCCAGUGCCGGACCCCGGUGGCCUGUCUCCCGACGGCGGCGAGGAGGCCCUGCGGCUGGUGCUGCGGCACAUGUUCGUCAUCGUGGCGGGUCUGGUGCUGCUGGACGGAGUGCAGACCAUCCUGUCCGGCGUCAUUCAGGGCUGCGGCCAGCAGCGCGCGGGCGCCCUGGUGAACCUGGUGGCCUUCUGCGUGUUCGCGGUGCCGCUUGCGCUAGGGCUGGCCUUCCGCGUGCAGCUGCCGGGGUCGGAGCCGGCGGACGCGGCCUGGUGGGGCCAUCUGCUGCCGCCGGGUCUGCGCGGCGUGGUGGUGGGCAUGGGCAUGGGCCCUGAGGGCCUGUACCUGGGCAUGAUAGCUGGCCCCAUCAUCCAGACAGUCUGCUACACGUACAUCCUGCUGCGCACCAACUGGCAGAAGGCCAGCGAGCAGGCCAUGUACGCGGCCAUGCAGCAGUCCACAACCUCGCUGGCGGGAUUGCUCGCCUCAAGCAUGAGGCGUCUUGACCCUGGCGCACUGGCAGGGCCGCCGCUAGUCCGCGCAACAAGCAACGGUAGUGCGGUGAUUCCGGGGACGUUGCCAUGGCUGAUGCCGGUGAUUGAGGAGCACAGCGGCGAGGGACGCGACAGCAGUGACGGGCAGCUGGGCAACCGUCUGGGCAGGGGCCCCAACGGCGAGCGCCCGGGCGACUCCAGGGCAGACAUCCUGGCAGGCAUUGGGCUGGAGAACUGGAGCCCUGUCCGCACGCCUCUGGUGGGCUCCGCUGGUGAAACGCUUCUGGGCAACAGCCCGCCGACAUUCGGGGCAGGGGCUUUGAUUGCAGCAGGCGCUGGCGGCCUGGGCGCGGCGGCUGUCUUUGGAGCGUCGCCUCCUCGGCCGGGGCCUGGUGCGGCGGUUCAGGCAGCCCACAGGAUGGCGCAUGCUCGCCACUUGGCCACAACGGCGGGCCAGCGGCCGGCGUCUGCGGUGGUUGUCACAGCGAGCAGCGGCACUAGAGCAGUAGUGACAGGCUGGCCUUCAGUUAUGCCGGAGGCUGCUGUCAGCGACCUUUCGCCGGGCCAGGCUGCCCGCUCGCAUGCGCUGAUACUGGAACAUGGCUCCCCGCCGCGUGCUGUGCCGGGUUGCUGCCCGCUCGCCUCAACCCUUGACCCCAACACAACAGCCGUCAUGUCAGCGCCAUCCGCGGGGCUGUCCACCGUCAGUACGCCUGCGGUCCUGCUGCUGCUGCCGCCCGGUUCCGUGCAGUCACGCGCCUCGGGGCUUGCAUCUGCCAACACUAGCGCCGGCAACACGGCGCACGGCGGCGGCUGCUACAGCCCUCCAACACCACCUGCCGCCAAGAUCAAUGUAACCAAGUUACAUGCCCCCGGCGAGCUGGACUUUGAGACGUUUGAACCGUCAGGAGCGUUGAAUUGCACACCAGCCGACGCUGGGGCCACCGGUUUGGUGGCGGCGGCGGGGCCAGCUCCUGCACGACCGGUGGCAGCGUCCUCAGCUCGCUCACUGCUCGGGGCGCUGCUGCCUGCGGCAGCGGUAGCAGCGCCUGCGUCGGUGCCUCUACCUGCUGUGCCAGGGCAGGUCGAGGCGCCUGCUCUACUCUCAGCCGCGGCCGUGCCAGUCGCCGCUGGCUGGUUUAAUUUUGGCUGGAGCCGUGGCAGUGGAAUUGUGGCUGAACCCAUUAAGGGUGGCCCGCCUAUUGCCGCAACAGCGGACGGAGAUGAGUUGCCAUUGCAGCUGCCAGGGCUGCCUGCGCGUACCAAUGCCAGCGGGUCGCCUGCGCUUACGGACGCUAUUGCAGCAGCAACCGGCGGUGCUGGGACGGUUCUGGGCGCAGCCGCAGGGCAUCCGCGCUCGGUUGCGGCUGUGACUAUGCCGUCACAAGGCGGUUGCACGCCGGCGCAGCCCGUGAGCCGCCAUAACCGUGCAAUAGCUGGCAGUUGUUUGUCUGGCCCUAGCAGCGCCAGCAGCAGCGCGAGCGGCCUUGUUGGCGCCGCCGACUGCGGCAGUGACGGCAACGGUGCAGCUGCCGUCAUCACCAGCGGCAUGGGUGACGCGGGCAGCGGGGCAACCGGCGCGGCAGUUGCCAAACUGCGGGCCAAAGGCGAGGUGUUCCGUUCGUGCGAGUCGCUGGCAGCAGCUGUGCCGGGCUCCAUGGACAUGUACAUGUUCUCUCCGGGCGCCACACCACGCGGCGCGGACGGCGACACUAGUUGGCUAGACCCCAACACACCGCGUGGCGCGCUGCUGGCAACUUCGGUGGGUGGCCGUGGCGGAAGCGCGGCAAGAGCGGCGCGGUCGGGCGGAGGCGCGUCGCUCACCAGCAUGCUGCGCGUAGCGCUGUUCGGCUCCGCGACUGUAGGUGCCACGCCGCAGUCCGCGCCCGUGACGCCUGUUGUCGCGGCCAUAUCGCAGGCCUACGGGCAGGAGACGCAGAGCCACGCCACAGGCGGCAGCAAACGUGGGCAGAGAGAGUAGCAAAGCGCGUUCGCUGUGCCGGCGGUCAGGUCUGCAGUCGCUGACGGUACGCAGGAGCCCGCACCCAUCGCUCCUCGCCUGGCAGCGCCUCGGGAUGGGUGACACCCGCUGCAGCUGGUGGAAGGCCAAGCAUAGGGCAACGGGGGUCCCUGACCUGUGGCUUAGGAUACAUGGGAGUGCCACACCGGCAGGCGGUACGCGCAGGCUGCCCACACUAUGUACGGUAGAGGGUGGAUUGUUCAGCGCUGGCUCAGUGCUAAGGUUAGCGGGCUAGCAUUCAUGGGCCAGAGCCCGAGCCUGCCAGCCGCACUGCGUCGCGGAGUACAGCGCACUGUCAUGCAUUCUGUUUCGGAAGGGUUUGAAUAGAAUCUCUCUCAGCUGCAACUGCGCGUUUCACGUGGCUGAUUGUCGGUAGUGUUCGAUCGGCAGUGUUACGUACGCCUCGACUAUCGCAUCCGCAUAUGCUCUUCGACGGACGGGGUGUUGUGAGUGUGCGUGCGUGCGUGCGUGUGCAUGCGUGCGUGCGUGCGUGUGUGUGUGUGUGUGUGUGUGUGUGUGUGUGUGUGUGUGUGUGUGUGUGCGCGCGCGUGUGUGUGUGUUUGUGUGUGUGCAUGAUUUGGAGCGAAGCUGUGUGCGCCUUCGAGCGAGCGACCUACGACAUUUUGUUCCAAUAUCAUUAUUAUCUGUUUGACAGCUGGUCUGAGGGACGCGUGCAUGCUUACAGUGCCCUCCACGGGUGUGACAUGCCCCCACGGUAUUAGGGCCAUUCGUGGCUCUCGCCUACGCCGCGUCCCCACACGCCGCAGCAAUGUGUUGAGUUUGCGCCUAGGACAGACGACCACUCAGGACGGUGUAUUGGGGCUCGCGCUGAGACGCGAUCAACCCAUCUAGCUCCCAACGUCAACGGACCUAGGCCGGACGGCUGGGGAGGACAGCAUCAACCUGUCCUCCAUGCUCUGCACACCCACGCUGCAGCACGCAACACUACAAGCAAAGACAGCCUGGCAACCCUGAGCAGAGAACCUUAAGGCUUGAGAGGCCGCCCUCGUGGUCUUCUUACCACGGUUGCGCACAGCUUAGACGCACCUGCAUGCACGCUUGGAUCACUUGCGUUUUGACACCCUACAUGGUAUGAUGGCGAACAAUGGUAUCGUUUGUGGUCGUGUUUCCAGGUCAUACAGCACCUUCGCCAGUAGGCUGACUGACUCGUAUGUGUGAUGGUACAGAACAUUGCUGUUGGUUGUCCAAAGGAUUAGGCUAGUCCGGUAGGCUCAUAGCCUUCGCCUUUGAUAUGAUGUGGACGCGAUCAACAGGAAGCAAGUCAGCGGUGGAUGCCAAGGGCUUGGAGGCGGUUAGAGCGUACGCGGUUUGGCGUGAAGCCAAGAACUCCUGCAUAACGAAUCCGACCGACCGGUAACGCUCCACCGCCCUA